GGAGAAAGAAAGGCUUUUAUUUGAUCAGUUGCUCACAAUAUCUUAGUCCAGUCUUUGCAACAUUUCGAGUAGCAUCCAGAGCAGGAUCCAGUUGAAGAAUAAAAAGCCUUACUUUUUGGUGUUGUGACCUGUGAUUUUACAUUGUCUCCAUUGAUCGGCUAUCAGUGAAAUGCACCAGUUUUAUUCAGUUAUGUCAUUGAUAGCUUUCUGUGUUGGUGUUACAUCUGCAGGAAUUGUGGAUCGAAUCCAGUACAAUCCCAUCAAGUCUUUUUUCCAAGGCACAAAAGGAGCUGAUGCGUUUCAAAGUCAACACAACAUUCCUUACGAAGCAGCCAUCUUUGAUGAUGAUAUACUAAUCAACCACUUUCAAACAACUAGUGACUAUGAGAGACCAACAAGCACAUUUUCCAAAGAGCCAUCUACUAUUAGCAAACUCAACAGAAGGCCAUCACUUUCAAGACGUAGACCACAGUCUAGCACAAGACGUAAACCGUCAACACUACCACAGUCUAGCACAAGACGUAAACCAUCAACAUUACCACGGCGUUCAAAUACUAAGAAGGUCGACGUAUCCCCCAUUCCCGUCACAGGAGCUCAUGCCGUAGUCGGUACCCACUUCGGCGAAAUAUCCAUUUUUACCAGCAAUGGGCGUUUAUGGCUCAAUGCUACCAGCCUAGAGAGGCCUGUGCCACUAGGAGCUGCCAAGGACAGCGAUUCCAUCUCCGUUGGCAAUAAAAACGCCAAUGAAAUAUGGGUCAAUACAACCAGCUGGUAUAAACUCGUCUCUCUCGAUGACGUAGCUGCUGGGCGAAGGCCUGUUUCGCUUCCCAAAGAAAAACGCAAGCCCGUGAAAGUGGAUAGCGACAUUGUUGAACGGAGACCACUGAGCAAAGGAAGCAUCUCAUCAGAUUUUGUCACCCGGCCACCUAUCGUUCUGCCGGAAAAAGGAACUUAUCAAUAUGAUACUUGCGGACUAAACGUUGUUCUUCCCUUAACGGCUGAUCGUAUCGUCUUGAGAGAACAAGGAAUUAAACCAAACUACAAAUCGACAGGAUUCCCGCAUGAACGUGAUUAUCCUCUAGUGUGUACUUGGAAUAUCAAGGUUAAUAAAGUCUGUCGCCGUGCACGCAUUACCAUGAAGGUGGACGAACGCAGUCGCUUGCCUGAUGUAGCAGGAUGCAUCAAAGGAUAUCUUCAAAUAUCUCCGUUCAUGAACCAAACCAGACUUUGCGGUCGUAUUGAUAGCAUUCCGCCCUACCAUUGGUACGUUGACGACCAACAACCCAAUGAUGUUAUCAUUACCAUGAAAAACAUUGGAAUCAACGAUGGCUACUCAGAGGGCUUGUCGUUUACCCUUCAAGGUGAAUGUCUGCCAAUUGAAAGAGGAACGUUUGACGUUGACAAGGAAAAUGUUGAAUCCAAUACCAACUGGAUGGAUCGUCUGGUCAAAGAGAUUGCAACGACAGGUUAUGGAGCAACGUUAGCUGACAGUAGCGUGAAAUUAACACCCAAGAAACCCAGUUUGUCGGAAGUUCAUCCUGACGAUGGAAAGAGACAUGUAAACUCAACCCAUGUGCCUGCUGUUCCUAUCGAUCAGAUUUUUUACGAUGCUAUCUCUUAUAUUACGACGCUAUUUUAAGUCUGAAUUAUUUAACGACUCCCCGAGAGAAUAAUGAUCUAACCCAAAUAUUUAGAUUCCGUGUUAUGCAAGUCCUGUUUUUUCGUUGUUGACUUGUAUUUUUGACAAUUCAUUUUGUUAUUGCUGCGUAUUAAUAUUACGGCAGAGCCUUAAAUUUAUGUGGAAUUGGCAAGUGUAAGGCAAAAUCUAAAAGAACGGCGAAAUUAGUCUACAAAAUAUAAAAUAUACGCAUUCAG